CUAUUAAAUAAAUUACAACAAAAAAUCACAAACAGAAGAUAUCUACCUUGAAACGUAAAAACAUUAAACAUUGACGUUACUCCAUUACAGUUUGUGUUUACAGUGAAAACUGAUAUUCCUUGUCUAAGGUUAGAUUUUUUAAUCAAACCCUUUUUUUAUAGCUUAUUUUAGAUGAAGCUCUUAGGAAUCGAAUUCCUCCCUUUGAAUACGCCCCUAGAACAUAUAAAACAAAGACUAUCAAUGGCUAUAAUGGUUCAUGUGCUGGUGUCAUUGGGAACAAUAACAAUAUUAUUUAACCUUUACCUGCUUUUUACCCGUUUUUGGUGGAUCCCAUUGUUUUAUGUGUGUUGGAUUUAUUUUGAUCGAAAUAUUGGUGAAAAUGGGGGCAGAUCAAUUUUGUGGGUUCAAAAUUGGAAAAUCUGGGAAUAUGGUGAAGCUUACUUCAACGCAAAACUUGAAUUGGCCCCCAAUUGUACCUUCAACCCCAAACUAAAUUAUUUAUUUGCUUGCUUCCCCCAUGGAGUCCUCACUAUUGGUCCAUUCAUGACUAUCAGAAGCCUUACGUCUCCAUUUCACCAUUUGUACCCCGAUUUCGAUGUUAAAAUGUCAGCCUUGCCUUUACUUCUUUGUGUUCCUGGUACCCGAGAAAUCGCUUUGGGUUUAAAAUACAUUUCAUGUUCUGCGAAAUCUCUGAGUUAUGUUUUGAAAAGUCCGGAAGGCGGAAAAAUCGUGACUUUAUUCCCUGGUGGUGCCCGAGAAGCUUAUAAUAGCAAACCCGGUCUUAACAAAUUCAUUGUUUUAAAAAGAAAAGGUUUUGUUAAUGUGGCGUUACAAAAUGGGGUUCCACUGGUCCCUGUUAUCACAUUUCGAGAGUGUGAUGUGUACAAACAAAUUGAGGGACCCCGUAUUAGACAAUUUCAAGAAUUUGUGCGAAAGAAAUUCGGUUUUGUACCUCUUCUAUUUUACGGUUGGGGCUUGUUUCAAAAUACUUUUGGAUUAGUUCCAAGGCAAGUGCCAUUGGCGACAGUUGUAGGUACUCCAAUUGAAGUAGACAAAGUUGAAAAUCCGAGCCAGAAACAAGUCGAUGACCUCCAUAAAAAGUUUAUAGAAGAACUGAAAAAAUUGUUUGAAGAGUAUAAAUACAAGUUCCUGGAUAAUCCAGAACAAACAUUUUUAGAACUCGAAUAAAACAACAAU